AUAAGGGGUUGAUAUUUCAGGUUGCCUCAACAUCCAGAGUCUUCCAGGAAACUUGAACAUUGUUCUCAGUUUCUCCUUCAACAGACGACGCAUGGCCGUGUUUCCCUAUCGCUGGGAGUCGACCGAUGCCCUUCUGCAAGCAGUUGGGCCUGGGGACCGCCAUGGGUUGCCUGGUCAUAUACAACGUGAGGACGGAUACUCCCCAUGACGUCACCAUCUGUCUGUACAUGGAACUGAGGGUGGGGGUACAUUGUGUGGCCACCAUACACCUGGACUGUAUCCGCAAGAUUCGUAGACACAUACAGUUCAUACCGAUACCCUCACACACGCGCAAGGGAACGGUGCUGGACGUCCACGUGCUGCCGAACGACACGGCGCUGACUAUCCUGAAACAAGAGUUCCACUGGGUCAGAGCCCCGGAGAGCGACAGCAGCAGUGACAGUGACAGUGACAGUGAUAGUGAUAGUGACAGUGAUAGUGAUAUGGACCCAGACGAUGAGGAAGAUGUGAAUUUCCAACUGCCCCCAAAACCAGAGAGGUUUCGCUGGCUAAAACGUAUUUUCUGGUGGCGACACUUAAUAUUUUGAUACUUUCCUCUAAAAAGAGACAUACUUUCAUGCCUAUUGUACCAUUAAAGAGUGGAAAUCUAUAUUUUAACGUGAAAGCCUUGAAAUAUCUCAGAGGUGAUCUUGUUGCACGAUAAAACACCUUACACAAUUUUGAGAUUUCCUAAAGGCCUUACUGAAUUUCCUUAGUGAAAUUUUGAUAGAGCUACAUUUCAAGUAAGAAAAUUAGAAUACGUUUAUGGAACGAUGGUUAAGCAUCUUCUAAAGCAAAAGUGUAAAAUACUUAACUUCCAUUAGAUUCAUGACUCUCUAAUUUAAGAUUAACGAAAUUGUCACAGUGCCAGUGGCUCAGAUGUCCUGUUGAAUGUAAAAUAAAAAUGCUUUUGUCACUAUAAUAUACGUUACUAGAAACAUUUCUAUGUACUGAGAACGACCGAUGUGCAAAUAUUUAAUUUAAUAAUAGGUAGCUUAUAGACUCUACGCUGUGUAAAUUGUUCUGUAAGAGAGAAACAGGUGUUCUUUCCAGUGAUCAAUCUUAUAUAUAUUUUUGUAAAUAUAUUUGUGUUUUAAAUAUAUCUUUUGAUUUUAGUAUUAA